CCAAGUAUGCUCCACGUUGUGACAGUACUUUUAGGCACCGUGCCCAUGCUCGCAAAUGUUAUGGCCCUUUGCAUCUCCGUCAUCCAAAUCUUUGCUGUUGUGGGAGUCCAGCUGUGGCGGGAGCUGCGCAACCGCUGCUUCCUGGGAGAGGACAUUCCCACAAAGUACAACGUGUCCUUAAGUCCAUAUUACAUGACCGAGUAUGAGGAAAAACUCCCAUUUAUCUGUUCGCGUGAUGGCAAAAGCGGGAUGCAACACUGCCAAGAUGUGCCACCUUUUCACAAUAAUGGGACAACCUGUUCAUUGGCUGCUCACCAGUAUUCUUCAGCUGUAAAUGGGGUAGUCUCUACAGGGGCCGGAGCCAGUGUAAACGCUUGUGUCAACUGGAACAUUUUCUACAAUGUCUGUCGGCCCGGGGACCACAACCCUUACAUGGGCGCUAUCAGCUUUGAUAACUUUGCUUACUCCUGGAUAACUAUAUUCCAGGUUGUGACACUGGAAGGAUGGGCGGAAAUCAUUUUUACUAUGGAUGCUUAUUCUUGGUGGAGUGUUGUAUUUUUUGUAUUCGUCACUGUUAUGGGCUCCUUUGUCAUGAUAAACGUCUACGCAGUCGUCAUCGCCACACAGUUCUCGGACAAAAUGAAACAAGAUACAGGAGAGCCAAGUGUUGGUGCUGUGGCUAUUGCACAGCUCUGUGGCAAGUUAAUUGGAUGGCUGCAGGCAAUCUACCGUAAAUGCAACAGGUCAGUCACUGAUGAAAAUCUAUCAGGUCUGGAGACCAUUCAGGAAAAGCUUAAGAGGACUGUCCACAGCAAACUCUUUGACCGAUUGGUCAUGUUUGCUCUUUUCCUCAGUAUUGUCACCAUGGCCAUAGAGCAUAAUGACCAGCCCCAGGAGUUGACACGUGUGUUACAGAUCAGUAACAUUGUCUUCACCAUUAUAUUUCUUGUGGAGUUGAUUAUGAAGCUGCUGGCUCUCACCUGGACAUACUUUAUGGACUUAAACAAAAUCUUUGACUUUGUCAUUGUUAUCAUCAGUUUGUGGGAGAUAAUAUCUAAAGCAGACGGACGGUUGUCAGUUCUGCGUGUAUUUCGUCUGCUGCGGUUUGUGAGGUUGCUUCACUUCCUCCCUUACCUGAAGAGACAACUGCUCGUGCUGAAGAGGACCAUAACAGAGGCAGCCACACUCUGCAUGCUACUGCUAUUUUUCAUCUUUAUUUUCAGUAUAAUGGGUAUGCACCUGUUCGGAGGUAAAUUCUUCUUCGAGACGCACCAUGGAGAUGUCAUCGUUGAGCGGAAAAACUUUGACACCCUGCUUUGGGCAAUGGUCACGGUGUUCCAGAUUCUAACUCAGGAGGACUGGAAUGUGGUGAUGUACAACGCUAUGGCAACUACCUCCAAAUGGGCCUCUAUCUACUUUAUUGUGGUCGUUAUUUUGGGAAAACAUGUUCUUCUCAAUAUACUUGUGGGCAUAGUGGUUCAGAGCUUCCAGGCUAGGAGCUUCCCAAGUAUGGAUCAAGACUCUUCUCUCUCUUCCUCUGAGUCUACCAGUUCCACUCUGGAAAUCUUGACCCCUGAAAACCCUGUACAGACAGAUAACAACCAGAGAAAUGGCCCCACAGGACCCAACCGAGGCCUCUCUCUCUCUCUUUGUUGCCCCAGGAUAAACAAUGCGAUUAACGCAGCCCCAGGGGAAGACUCUGCCCCAACAGAUACCAAUGGGGACAGUCGAUGUUUGAACUUGAUCCAGAAAAUGGUCAGCUGGUCCAAAGAACAUGAAGAGUGGUCAGUUUAUGUGUUUUCGCCACAGAACAGGUUCCGCAUCUUUUGUCAACGACUGAUCUCUCACAAGCUGUUCGACCGCAUUAUUCUGGUCUUCAUUCUCCUCAGCUGUGCCACCAUCGCUGUGGAGAGGCCUGCAAUAAACCAUAAAAGCAUGGAGCGUUGGGUCCUGAAUACAGCCGGUUGCGUGUUCUCUGCUGUUUUCUUUGUAGAGAUGCUCUUUAAGGUUGUAGCUCUUGGUUUGCUGUUUGGGAAGGAGAGCUACUGCCGGUCUGCCUGGAAUGCUGUGGAUGGUUUUUUGGUGUUACUGUCUUUAGUCGACAUCUUAGUCUCUUUGGCCAGUACAAGUGAAAAAAAUAUAAUGGGCAUGCUCAAAGUUUUGUGCCUGCUACGCACAAUGCGCCCGCUGAGGGUGAUCAAGCAAGCCCCGAAACUGAAGCUGGCUGUGGAAGCCCUGAUUGCUUCGUUUAAACCCAUUGGGAACAUCGUCAUUAUUUGCUGUGCCUUUCUCUUUUUUUAUGGCAUUCUUGGGGUGCAGUUAUUUAAAGGGAAGUUCUUCUACUGUCUGGGUCAAGACACAAUCAACAUCACCAACAAGAGUGAAUGUCUGUCGGCCAACUAUCGCUGGGUACAAAAGGUGUACAAUUUUGACAACCUGCCUCAGGCUCUGAUGUCCUUAUUUGUAAUGUACUCUAAGGAUGGCUGGGUGAACAUUAUGUAUGAUGGGCUGGAUGCUGUGGGAGUAGAACAACAGCCUAUAACGAACUACAACGAAUGGAUGCUGAUUUUUUUCAUCACCUUCAUGAUUAUAAGCUUCUUUCUUCUCGACAUGUUUAUUGGUGUAAUGGUGGAGACCUUCCACCAGUGUCGGCAGGCUCAAGCCUUAACAGAAAUAGCCACAGUAUCACAGGACCAGUGCAAUGAGCCUGAGGAGAUUCCAUAUUACACAGAUUACUCCCCCAUUCGUCGGUCUAUCCACACUUUCUGUACCAGUAGCUUCCUGGACCUCUUCAUGGCUGCCGUAAUUUUCCUCAGUGUCAUGAUGAUGGGUUUCCAACAUUAUGAUCAACCUCUGUAUGUAGAGAAGAUGACAGACUAUUCCUACUAUGUGUUCACCAUCAUCCUGAUCAUUGAAGUCAUGCUGAAGCUUGUGGCGUUUGGCAUACUGAGGUUCAUAAAAAGCAGAUGGAAUCUGCUGGACAUCGCUGUUGUCUUGAUUUCAAUACUCAGUAUUGUUUUUCAAGUGAUGGAUAUGGCAGACUCAAUUCCCAUUAAUCCCAGCAUCCUUAGAGUCUGCAGAGUACUCAGACUAGCACAAGUGCUGAAGGCCAAAAAGAUACGAGUUCUGCUGAAAACCAUUAUCAAGACGCUGUCACAGGUUGGAAAUAUCUGUCUACUCUUUGCAUUCUUCUUCUUCAUCUACGCUGCGCUGGGAGUGGAGCUCUUUGGCAGGCUAGAAUGCACCGACGAUAACAUUUGCCUGGGUUUACAUCGAAACGCCAAUUUCAAACACUUUGGGAUGGCCCUGCUCACGCUCUAUCAAGUGUGCACUGGAGACAACUGGAGCGGGAUUAUGGCAGACACAUUGAGGGAAUGCCGUCCCAACGAUGAGGGCUGUUCCAGCUACUUGCACUGGGUUUCUCCAAUCUUCUUCUCCAGUUUUGUGGUUAUGGCCCAGUUUGUGCUGGUAAACCUGGUGGUGGCCGUGAUCAUGCAAGCUCUAGAGGACAGCCACGAGAACCAACCUACUAACUCCUGUCCCCCCCUGGAGGAGGAAGACGAGCAUGACCCGUCUCGGCUGUCCACCCAGAAUGUCGAACCCAGUUCCAGCCACGACAACACAAAUGGAUUCUCAGUGAUGACACAGUCAUAAAUUUGAAUAUAUGUCUUGUUUUCUCUUUCUUCUUAUUUUUUACUUAUACUGUG